GCGCGGCGGCCGUGGAAACGGAGCGGCGCGGGGCCGGGCGGAUUGCUGUUGAGAAAAAUGACAGCUGGCUCUGUCUCAGUUCCUCAGGUCAUACCACUUCGAAUCCCUCUUCCAGGGAAGGCUAAACAUGAAAUAGACACAAAUACUCUCGUAGAAAUAAAAUCAGAUACACCUGAAGUCUCUAUUUAUUACACUUUAGAUGGAAGUAAACCAGAACUCAUUAGAAAACCUGGCUAUGGAGAGUGUAACACUUUUAAGUAUAAGAGUCCUAUCAUAUUACCAGUUGGGAAAAUAGUGGUCAAGGCACUAGCAGUUACAAAGGACUGCAGGAAGAGUACAGUCGUAACAAAGGUGUUUCUGGUAGAGUACAAGCAACCAAACAUCCUUUUUUCUGUUGAAGAUGAUGACAAGAAUUUUCUAAAAGAUAUAGCCGCACGGAAUAAGGAAGGUGGAAUGUUUACUACAAAAUCAAGGAAGAAUGGACUGAAAGUGGAAAUCAAGCCCGCCUGGGGUGAAAUACCCCAAGACUUUCAAGAAAGAAAGACUUCUCAUAGAUCCCUGCAAGGACCACAGCUCCUUGCCAGUCAUUUGGAAACAACAGAGUACAGAGAAGAAUCUGUCUCAGCACCACCAACAGAAUCAUUACAGUUUGCAAGUUCUUCUGCAGUGACAAACCAGAAAAGCUUAGCAAGCACACAAGUGUCAAGGAUCCAGAGGGAAACAGAUUUCCUUAAAUGUGCACACUGUUCUGCACCUCGCCUGUCUAAUCCGUUGGCUCACUUCUGUCAGAAAUGUGGAUCUCCUAUCCCACCUGUGCCGGUACAUCGCUUCCCACUCCCUGAAGGAAGGCAGAUGGCACCAUGUCUUGAAUGCAGACAUUCUGUGCCAAUGAAUACACCCACUUGCAUUGUAUGUGAGUCACCAAUAGCUCCACAGCUGCAGUCCCAAAACAACACCUGCAUAAAGGGGUGGAUUUUUUGUCAGGUGUGUGGCACAAGAAAUCCUCUUCACCAUAAACACUGUGCAACUUGUGAAAGCAAACUGCCUGAAAUACAGACGCCCAUGUUUGGAGGAGACACCCCCCUACCUUACCACAGCCAGCUAAGGAAGACAGUUUUGUGCUCAAAAUGGCACCGUGUUAACUAGUGUGAUGCCUGUUUCUGUGACUGGUGUGGAGCCAAGGGAUGUGCACUUGAUGCUUGUCCUGGACCUCCUCCAUCCUACUUUGCUUGUUUCAAGUGUGGUACAAGCAACCAGCCAUACGCUCGCUUUUGCGUGUCCUGUGGUGUUUACAUAGAGCCCCCAUCAAGGCGAGGCUCUCCAAAAGGCAGUCUUAUGGAUCCUGGGGACUCACUGGGAUCUUCUGAAAUAAGACACACAGCUAAACAAUUACAAGCUCAAUUUGCCUGGCAACCUCAUCCUGUUUCCAUGACCAAAUCAAGGCCAGAACUAACAGAAAGAGAAGAUAAAGGAACCCAAACCAUAGGACUUUUUUACCCGUCCAGCAAACAGUUGGAAAAGAAAGAACUUGAGCUGAUUUCACAAAAAGAAAAGCUGGAAAAGAUGAGUGAUCAUAAGCCUCUCCUGACAGCCAUUAGUCCUGGAAAAGGUUACUGGAGAAAACAGCUGGAUCAUGUCUGUGCUCACCUUAGAAGCUAUGCUCAGAACAACCUUGAAUUCAGAGCACUGAUUGGAGAACCUCGAAUGGGAAAGAUUAAUUCUGCUACCAUCUGUGAGGAUGACUAUGAAGUCACUAUUACACUGAAUUAUGUUCUUGCUAUUAACAAGGAUAUUCAUACUAAUAAACCAGUGAAGUUCAGCAGUCAUUACCUGAAUACUGUAACUGAAGUCAGAAACGGACAGGAUAGGAAUCAGACCAGUUUUGGCAAAGAUGAUUGUAAUCUUUUCCAUUCAAGAGGCAAAAUAAAGAGAACAAAGUCAAGAACACUUACAGGACAAGAAGAUAAGCUCUCUCCAGAAUCCAGACAACUACUGGAUGAACUGGGUCCAAAUGGAAAAGGAAGAAUCACCUUUAUAGAACAAUUGCUCAGUGAAGGAGCUGACCCAAACUGCAUCAGCGACGAGGAUCAACCUGCUCUCACAGUUGCUGUCCUUAACAAGCACACAGAAGCAAUCUCCCUCCUUGUGCAGAAAGGUGCCGACAUAGACCAGCAGUCAGGACUGCACAACAACACAGCUCUCCAUGAGGCAGUUCUGCUUGGAUUGGAGGGACAGGAGAGCAUCCGAGUCCUGUUACGCUGCAAUGCAAACAUACAAAAGAAGAACGCAGAAGGGCAAUCAGCAUAUGAUUUGGCUGUUACAACUGGAAAUAAUGAGGUUAUUUCAUUGUCAAGUAAGGUUGGACAGAGAACAGUGAACAAACUUAUGAAACUCAGGAGCAUUGGUGUCGUCAACGUGUUACUACAACAACCUUUUUCCCAAAAUAGAGCUGGAGGUUCCUUGACUUUGGGAGCAUGUAAUCAUGUGUGUUCAGUUCUGUCACAAAAUUCACAACCCUGUACAAUCAGAUUGGGCCCUGUAACAGUCAAAUAUUUUCUCCAAGAUUCCCCCCAUUCCUUUCCAGCAGGUCAGAGCAGUUUCUGACUGACUUCACUCUGUUUUGCAAAUUUCUUUUCCUUUCCAAACUUGUGCAAGGAAAGGGACAAACCAAACCUUCCCAGGCACAAAUAAAUUUGAAUGUCUUUGAAAUGUCUUUAAUGCCUAAUGAAUGCUGCUUAAAAAAGUUUGACACUUGGGCAACAGCACUGAGGCUGAUGAUCUUAUUUUCCCUUUUG